AUGGUCAAGUCAUCCAUGGACUCGGCUUUGAGUAUGGGCCCAAACUCCAUGGGAUCAUCCUCUCCCAAUCAGGACUUUAGUAUCAAUCCAGCCGUAGAGCAACUUUCAGAUUGGAAGAAUCGUUUCAAUGAUAGGCUCCAAGAGGUUCAGGAGGAAAUGAUUCUCUUCCUUACGAAUGGACAGCCUUCAAAUGAGGAGAUGACGUCCAUGAUCAAAAACACCUUCUCCGACUUGAAAAUUUCAAUCUCAGAGCUGUUGAGCACUCUUACCCUUAUUUUGAAGAAAUUCUUGAAAAAGUCAAAGAAGCUUGUGCAAACAGCUGAUGGUCAAUGGGAGGUCAUUGUCUUAGAUUUGAAUAAUCAAUUAGAGCAUGUGUCCAGAGCUAGAGCAGUUGAGGAGGAAAAGAGAAGAGAGUUGGAGAAAGAAGUCAAAUUGUUGAGACAAAAAGUCAAAUCCAUGAAAAUUGAAAUGACAAAACCAAAGGAUGAUCAGCAAUAUCAACAGCUAGUGGAAAAUAUCAAAGCUAAUCAUGGAUCACCAAAUGUGAAUAAGACAAAACCAACUGUAACAACACCAAAACAAUCUCCAAGAACCCCUAGAUCACCUAACACAAAGACAACCCCUACAACACCAAAAUCAAGCAAACGCAAACCGGUCACACCAAAGUCUGAGGUCAAAACAGAGCCAAGAGUUGAGGAACAAGCAAAGAUCGAGGAACCAAAGCCAGAACCUGUUGUUGAAGCAACAAAGGAAGAAGAAUCCAAACCAUCUGUUGAAGAGCAAGCACCAACGAGCAAUGAAGCUCAAGAGGAAGCGUCUCAAGUCGCUAACGCAGGAAACACGGAGCAAAUUCAAUCAGUUGUUGAAACUCCUAAGGCAGAAGAAGAAGAGAGUAAAGAAGCAAAAAAGAAGAGCGAUGACGAAAAUUCUGACGAGGAAGACGAAAAAGAGAGUGGCAGGCGUGACAGAAGAUCUUCAAGAAGAAAAAAGAAGGACGAGGAAAGUGAAGAAGAGGACGCAGAAGAGAAGAGCUCCAGAAGAGAUAGACGCUCUAGAAGAAAAAAGGAUCAAGAGGAGGAAGAGGAAGAGCAAGAAGAAAAAGAAGAAAGGUCAAGCAGACGAUCUUCGCGACGAGAAGGAAGAAAGAAAAAGGAUGACGAAGAGGAAGAGGCUGAAGAGGAGGAAAAAUCGGAAAGGAAGAGUUCAAGAAGAGACAGAAUGCGUCGCAACAGAAGAGACGAAUGA